AUGUGGCUCCUGCGCCGCGUGGGCGGCCUCUGCUGCACGGCGGACCUGUACCGGGACGAGGCCGACGUCUGGUACAGCAGCCGCAUCCAGCUGGAGAUCGACUACGAGCCGGGCGAGAAGCUGGGCGAGGGAUCCUACGCCGUCGUCCGCGCCGUGCGCCGGCGGCGCGACGGCGCGCGGCUCGCGGCGAAGCGCAUCAGCAAGCGCCUCACGAUCAGCGACGACAACGUGCUCUGGGCCGCGCCGGCGGAGCAAAAGAUACGGCGCGAGAUCGAGAUCCUGCGGCUCCUCGGCGGCCAGGGCCGGUGCCUCGGGCUCGUGGGCGUCCUCGAGACGUCGGACGCGCUCCUGAUGCUGACGCCGCUCUGCGCCGGCGGCGACCUCAUGCGCCACCUCGCGCGCGCGAAGCACUUCACCGAGGCGGACGCGAGCCGCUUCUUCCGGGACUUCUGCGGCGCCGUCGCGCACUGCCACCGGCGCCGCGUGGCGCACCGCGACGUCAAGCCCGAGAACCUGCUCGUGACGUACGAGCGGCGCCGGCCGGCCGUCGUCCUGGCGGACUUCGGGUCGGCGGCGCGCUUCGCCGCCGACGGCACCGAGCGCUUCCGGCGCGAGUGCGGCUCGCCCUUCUGGAGCUCCCCCGAGGUCUGGGCGCGCGACUACGACCACCGCGGCGACGUCUACUCCUGCGGCGUGGUGCUGCUCGUGCUGACGCGCGGCAUGCUCUCGGGCGACGAGGUCCGCACGCUGCACGGCGGCGGGCUCGCCGCGCUGCUCCGCCUCCAGCGGACCUUCACGCGGCGCGCGGAGCCCUCGGCGGACCUGCGGGACCUGCUGGAGGCGCUGCUGGCGCCUGAGGCGGCGCGCGCGUCGGCGGCCGACGCGCUCCGGUCGCAGUGGCUGACGGCGGCGCGCGGCGACCGGCACCUCGCGAACCCGGCCGCGGCCGCGCUGCGGCUCCGCGCCACCGAGCGCGCCGCGCGCGUCGCGCUGUCGACGCUGCUCGACCGCGCCGCCGCCGCCGCCGCCGAGGCCCUCGUCGAGCCGACGCCGGGGCUCCCGCCCGACUGCGCCCUGCUCGGCGACGUCAUCCGGAGCCUGGCGCGGCUCGGCGCCGCGGGGGCGCGCGCGCGCGGCGUCCUCGCGGACCUCGAGCGCGACCCGGACCUCGUGCUCGUCCACGCGCCGUUCGUGCUCGCGCGGCUGUCGGCGCCGCCGCCGCGGGAGGAGCCGGCCGCGCCGCUCUCGCCGGAGAAGCGCUGCCACUCGAGCGACGCGCUGUCGUCGCUGUCGGGCUCGAGCCGGUCGGCGCCGGGCCGGCGCGGCGCGCCCGGCGCCGGGGUCCACGGACUCUCGAUGGACGGGACGUUCAGCGGCCACGCCGGCAUCUUCCUCGAGGACCUCGACGGGUCGCCUAGCGCGCGGCCGGUGGAGGUCGCGUGA